AAGAUAAAGCAGUGGUAUCGUCCUGGAGUCUCCCGGAAACACCGGCGACAGCAGCGGUAACACCAGUGUAGCAGAAGCAGGUGGAACUGAUUUUUUUUGUCAGCCAACGUGUAACUAAUAAGUAAAAGGAAAGGUAUCCACUCGUAAAAACAAUCGGCGUCUAGCAGGCGUCGGUGAAACAUCAGAAACGCUGGACGAGCUUAAUAUCUUAGAUUUGAAUGGACAAGGCAGCCAGAAAUACACAGCCCAGCUAGUGAGGCCCAUUAAAGGUUCAGUGAUGCCUGUGGUGAAGAAGAAGAGGAAGCUUCCUGACGCAGAAGAUCAUGGGCGCAAGUCUAAAAUUACAAGUUUCACCCGGCCUCAGAUCCGCGGCGCGAGGCCGAUCGGCGCCGAGAAGCUGUUCUCCAAUAAGAAGUGCCUGGCCUGGUUCCACGGCUACGCCGGCCCCGACAAGGUGGUCGGUCCGGAGGCCAUGGAGAAGUUCUGCGAAGACAUUGGCGUGGAGCCAGAGAAUAUUAUCAUGUUAGUUUUAGCCUGGCAUCUAGAAGCAGCAAGCAUGGGCUUCUUCACGAAAGAGGAGUGGCUCAGAGGAAUGACGUUACUAGAGUGUGACUGCACGGAGCGGUUACAGAGCAAACUGGAUUACCUGCGGAGCGAGCUCAACGACUCGGCACUCUUCAAAAACAUCUACAGAUAUGCCUUUGACUUCGCCAGAGAUAAGGACCAGAGGAGUUUGGACAUGGACACGGCUAAAUCCAUGCUGGCCCUGCUGCUAGGGAGGACAUGGCCACUCUUCCCAGUCUUCCACCAGUUCCUGGAGCAGUCCAAGUACAAGGGCAUGAAUAAGGACCAGUGGUACAACGUCCUGGAGUUCAGCCGGACCAUCAACGCAGACCUCAGUAACUAUGACGAAGACGGAGCGUGGCCAGUGCUGCUGGACGAGUUUGUGGAAUGGCAGAAAGCGUGGUCGGCAUCGUAGCAGACGACGUCACGGCACCAAAAAGAGGAUAAAAGGGAGCGAGAGAAAACACAAACCACAACCACAGGAGCAAUCUCCGUAUCAUUUAAAAUGGAGAAAAAACCUGCAGUUUCAGAUCCCACCUAAACACUUUGACAGACUUUAACAAUUCACUCACACACACACACACACACACACACACACACACACACACACACACACACACGGACGGACGACAGAAUCCUCCCUCUGUGGGGACACUGGCAUCGGAGGCCUUUCUCUCACUGAGUAGACGUUUUAUAGUAGUAAUUUGGAGAAAAGAAAAUGUUCUUAAAAUAAGAAAACCCAAAUGAACUGAGAGAAGAGCUGUGGAAUUUAUGUUUUCUUGAUAAUUAUUAUUUUUUUUCCCAUUUUGUGUCUUGUUUAUAGAUGUUUUCACAGUAAUAAAAAGGAAAUGGAAGUUUACAAAG